UAAAGCAGGAUGUGACUGUAGGAGUUUAUAGUUCUCAUGAGUAUCACUGCUCUUCCUUUCCACAGUUGAGAGACUACCAUCCCCAGGCCAACCCUAGUGUUGGUACAGGAGCAAGCGACACCAAAAAGAAGAACAUCAAUAAUGGUGCUAACCCUGAGACAACCACUUCUGGUGGUUGCCACUCACCUGAGGAUGAAAAGAAGGCAAGCCACCAACAUCAGGAAGCCCUAAGGAGGGAGCUAGAGGCCCAGGUUCAUACCAUACGAAUCCUCACAUGGGAGAAAAUGGAGCUUCAGACGGCACUCUAUUACAGCCAGCGUGCUGUCCAGCAGUUGGAAGGAGAGUCCAGGCAUCUAGUCAGCCGCCUGCAUGAUUCAUGGAAUUUUGCAAGAGAUUUAGAGCGGGAUCUCUCUGCUGUUGCUACACAGAAGAAGGAGGCUGACAGGUACAUCGAGGAGUUAACAAAGGAGAAGGACUCCCUCAGUCUGGAACUGUACAGGAACACCAUAACCGAUGAUGAGCUGAAGGAGAAAAAUGCCGAACUACAAGAAAAACUUCGACUUGUAGAAUCUGAGAAGUCUGAGAUCCAGCUCAAUGUAAAGGAGCUAGAAAGGAAGCUGGAGAAGGCCAAGCUCCUGCUGCCACAGCAGCAGCUGCAGGAGGAGGCUGACCACCUGGGUAAGGAGCUUCAGAGUGUGUCAGCGAAGCUCCAA